AGGGAGGGAGGGAGGACGCGGCGGGGAAACCGACCGAUCGAUCCCAUCUCCGCUCUUCUCCAGUAGCGCGCACGAGAGGCGCGAGGAGGCGGCAGCAGGCGGCGCAUUCCUCCAGCAGCUCCUCCCGGAUUCCGGUGCUUUUCUCCGGCGGAGCGGGACACAGCCGAGGUCCGGAGGAGGAACCAUGGAGGAUGUGUACGGCUUCACCCGCAGCCCUGCCUGGGAGGAACUGGAGCCGGAGAAGGGGCCGGCGUCGUCGUCCGCGGCGGGGAUCCAUGCCCAUGUGGUGGGGGUCGCUGCUCACGGCUCCGGCGCCGCGGACGAGUCGUCUGACAGCGAGGCGGAGCAGGAAGGGCCGCAGAAGCUCAUCCGGAAGGUGUCCACCUCCGGGCAGAUCAGGAGCAAGACGAGUAUAAAAGAGGGACUGCUGCUGAAACAGACCAGCUCCUUCCAGCGCUGGAGGAAGCGCUACUUCAAACUGAGAGGCCGAACUCUCUACUACGCCAAAGACGCCAAGUCCGGCAGUGUGUUGGCGCGCUGGCAGGAGCGGGCGCUGCACCGGGUGUCCAGGAGCCACGUGUGCUGGCGAGUUCUGUCCGUGUGCUGGACGGGCGCGCGGCGCCCCCCGCCGCCUCUGGCCGCCAGCGGAUCCGAGGAAGGCCUAGUGAGAAUCCGGUCCCUUAUCUUUGACGAGGUCGACCUAUCGGACGCCAGCGUUGCAGAGUCCAGCACGAAGAAUGUCAACAACAGCUUCACAGUGAUCACUCCGUUCCGACGGCUCAUCCUCUGCGCCGAGAACAGGAAGGAGAUGGAGGACUGGAUCAGUUCGCUGAAGUCCGUCCAGUCCAGAGAGCACUACGAGACGGCACAGUUUAAUGUGGAACAUUUCUCAGGGAUGCACAACUGGUACGCCUGCUCCCACGCACGGCCCACCUUCUGCAACGUCUGCAAGGACAGCCUGUCUGGGGUCACGUCCCACGGCCUCUCCUGCGAAGUUUGCAAAUUCAAAGCCCACAAACGCUGCGCGGUCCGAGCCACCAACAACUGCAAGUGGACGACGCUGGCCUCCAUCGGGAAGGACAUCAUCGAAGACGAGGAUGGGAUUGCGAUGCCUCACCAGUGGCUGGAGGGAAACCUGCCCGUCAGUGCCAAGUGUGCCGUGUGCGACAAGACGUGCGGCAGCGUGCUGAGGCUGCAGGACUGGCGCUGCCUCUGGUGCAAAGCCAUGGUGCACACGGCCUGUAUGGACCUGUACCCUCGCAAGUGUCCUCUGGGUCAGUGCAAAGUCUCCAUCAUUCCCCCGACGGCGCUCAACAGCAUCGACUCGGACGGCUUCUGGAAGGCCACCUGCCCCCCGUCCUGUGCCAGCCCCCUCCUGGUCUUCGUCAACUCCAAGAGUGGCGACAACCAGGGGGUGAAGUUCCUGCGGCGCUUCAAGCAGCUCCUCAACCCGGCGCAGGUCUUCGACCUGGUCAACGGCGGGCCGCACCUCGGUCUGCGCCUGUUUCAGAAGUUCGACAACUUCCGUAUCCUGGUGUGCGGCGGCGACGGCAGCGUGGGCUGGGUCCUGUCCGAGAUCGACAAACUCAAUCUGCACAAACAGUGCCAGCUGGGGGUGCUGCCGCUGGGCACGGGUAACGACCUGGCGCGCGUCCUGGGCUGGGGCCCGUCCUGCGACGACGACACGCAGCUGCCGCAGAUCCUGGAGAAGCUGGAGCGGGCCAGCACCAAGAUGCUGGACCGCUGGAGCAUCAUGACCUACGAGAUCAAGAUCCCGCCCAAGCACAGCUGCCCCACCACGCCGGAGGGCACCGACGACUGCCAGUUUCACAUUUCUGCCUACGAAGACUCCGUAGCUGCUCAUCUCACGAAGAUCCUGAACUGUGAGCAGCACUCGGGGGUCAUCUCCUCCGCCAAGAUCCUGUGUGAGACGGUGAAGGACUUUGUUGCCAAAGUGGGGAAAGCCUACGAGAAGAGUGCGGAGAACGCAGACGAGUGCGACACCAUGUCGCUCAAAUGUGCCAUCCUCAACGAGAAGCUGGACUCGCUCCUCCACACCCUCAACGCCGAGUGCCAGGCUCUGCCUCCGCUCCCACAUUCCACCCCUCCCAUCGUGGAGGAGGAGCAGGAGGAGGAGGAGGAGGAGGAAGAGGAGGAGGAGGAGGAGGAGGCCAGCGAGGAGAGUCUGUCGGAGCUGAAGGGGAAGCUGGAGGAGGAGGAGACGGAGAAAGGACGACGAGGAGGACCCGUCCACCAGCUGUUCAGGAGCAGGGAGCAGCUGAUGCUCCGGGCCAACAGUCUGAAGAAAGCCGUGCGACAGAUCAUAGACCAGGCGGAGCGAGUGGUGGACGAGCAGAACGACCACACGGAGGACACGGAGCUGCCGUCGCCCCUGGAGUUCAGGAAGGACAGCGAGGAGGAGAACCGGGACAGCGAGAAGGACGAGGACACCAAGGAGCUGGAGGCCGUGACGUCCGCCAAGAGUCCCUGCUCUCCGACGGAGAGGAGGGUGAGUCGCAGCACUCAGUCCUGUGGCUCCUUCACCAUCACGCCGUUCACCACCAGCAAGGAGAAUCUGCCCGUGCUCAACACACGCAUCAUCUGCCCUGGCCUCCGUGCAGGUCUGGCCGCCUCCAUCGCCGGCAGCUCCAUCAUCAGCAAGAUGCUGCUGGCGAACAUCGACCCCUUCGGCGCCACGCCCUUCAUCGACCCCGACCUGGACUCACUAGACGGCUACAUGGAGAAGUGUGUGAUGAACAACUACUUCGGCAUCGGCCUGGAUGCCAAGAUCUCCCUGGAGUUCAACAACAAGCGAGAGGAGCAUCCGGAGAAAUGCCGGAGUCGCACCAAGAACAUGAUGUGGUACGGUGUUCUGGGCACAAAGGAGCUUCUGCAGCGAACCUACAAGAACCUGGAGCAGAAGGUCCAGCUGGAGUGCGACGGUCAGUACAUCCCGCUGCCGAGCCUGCAGGGCAUCGCCGUGCUGAACAUCCCCAGCUACGCGGGCGGGACCAACUUCUGGGGCGGCACCAAGGAGGACGACAUCUUCUGUGCACCGUCGUUCGACGAUAAGAUCCUGGAGGUCGUGGCCGUGUUCGGGAGCAUGCAGAUGGCAGUGUCCCGCGUCAUCAAGCUGCAGCACCACCGCAUAGCACAGUGUCGGACGGUGAAGAUCACCAUCCUGGGCGACGAGGGCGUUCCCAUCCAGGUGGACGGCGAGGCCUGGAUCCAGCCGCCCGGGGUCAUCAAGAUCCAGCACAAGAACCGGGCUCAGAUGCUCACCAGAGACCGGGCGUUCGAGAACACGCUGAAGUCCUGGGAGGACAAGCUGAAGUACGACAAGGCUCCUCUGCGGCCUCACCUCUACCCGCAGCAGUCUGUGGAUCUGGCCACGGAGGAGGAGGCCGCCCUGGUGCAGAUGUGCGCCCGAGCCACAGAGGAGCUCAUCACGAGGAUAUGCGAGGCUGCAAAGACCAACGGGCUUUUAGAGCAGGAGCUGGCCCACGCCGUCAACGCCGCGUCACACGCCAUCAACAAAACACACCCCAAGUUUCCAGAGAGUCUGGCCAGGAACACGGCUAUCGAAGUGGCGAGCACCGUCAAGGCUCUGUACAACGAGACCGAGUCUCUUCUGUUGGGCAGAGUCUCUCUGCAACUGGACCCUCCGGAGGAGGAGCUGCUGUCCGGCGCUCUGCAGAGCGUGGAGCUGGAAAUGGGCAAACUGGGCGAGAUCCCGUGGCUCUACCACAUCCUGCAGCCCAACGACGAGGAGGUUGACUGUGCUUAUGUACCAGGACCACUCUCUGGGUUACGGCAAGAGGAACAGUCGCAGCAGCAUGUUUCGCAUUGUGCCCAAGUUCAAGAAGGAGAAGGCCGCCAAGAAGACGAGCCCUCAGUCAGUGGAACGAUGGGGCACGGAGGAGGUGGGCGUCUGGCUGGAGCAGCUGAGUCUGGGCGAGUACAGAGACUCCUUCAUCCGACACGACAUCCGAGGCUCAGAGCUGCUGCACCUGGAGAGGCGGGACCUGAAGGAUCUGGGGAUAUCGAAAGUGGGUCAUAUGAAGAGAAUCCUCCAGGGAACUAAAGACCUGGCCAAGGCCUCCAUGGUUGACCUCUAACCCCAUUCUGAGCAGACGCCAUUCCGGAGGGGGGGGGGGGCACAUUCCCCCCCUCACGCCAGUGGAAGAAGUUUGGGAACGCCGCCUGCCGCGACGGAGGAGAACGAGGAGAGCUGGAUGUUUAAUUCCCUCCCUUUGUGACGUUUGUGAACAAGAUACAUAAAAGCAUGUUUGUUUGUGCUUUUGGUGCCAAAGUGACAGCGAGGGGGAAGAGGAUGGAAGUCGCACAGAGGAAGUCACGGAUCUUCACCACAAGGAAAAAGAAAGAAAGAAGCCAUUUCCAAGUUGAUAACAACCAUUCCUCACACACACACACACACACACACACACACACACACACAAUCAGGUAUGCAACCAACCAUCCUGUUCGCAGGCAACUCGCCGUCGGAGUUGUCCGACAGCAAACUCGUAGCAAAACCAGGACUUCCAUGAGUGUGGGGUUUUUAGUUUCCGCUCAGUUGAGUCACCGCGACGUUCCGGCUGAGACCGGGAGGACGAAUCAGGAGUUCUCGUACGGUGGGAUACUGUCGCAUGCUCUGCUUGCUCAACUCCUAGACGUGUUCAAUUGCAUGAUUUGGUGUCUUGGAUUUUUUUUCCCCCCCGUGUGCUAAAUAACACUUGAACAAGUUUUACACGACUUAAGUAUUACGAUGCCGUCUCGUUAACUCCUGACGGCAUCGAGCGGCUUUGUGGUCUAAAUCAAAAGUCUCUUCUUUUUUUUUCUAGCUUUAAUUUAUUUUGUUUGCAUGAUAAUGACGUGUCAAUGAUUUGUGCCAUAGUCUCAGUCAUUUAGUGUAAAAACGUGCUUUUAUUGGUAGAUGAUAUCAUAAGGAGUUUUCAUGAGGUAUGAAUAUGUGGAAUUAAUAUCUGUAAGUUGACACGCUCUCUUCUCUGUGGAUGUGAAAAAUCACGUACCAAAGUGAAUGUCUACGAAAAAAACACGGAUCAUUGGAGGCGACUUUGUUGGAAUCGCGACUCUUUUAUUUCACAGACCAGUAGAUCUUUGUUCAAGUCAGAGGGGCAGUAAGCGAUUUUAACGCUUUUUUUGUAAAAUUCAGCAAUUAUUUCAAUCUCCUCGCGCGCAAUGAUUCGCCUGGCGUCCGGUGCGAACGCAGCACUGAGCAGAAGUGUUCAGUACAAGGAGCUCCGCGUUCGAUUGAUGGUGAAUGAUUUCUGGUUGUGUUACACAGAUCAACGAGUGGUCAGUGCAUGACGUCCCCAAAACAUCACGUGUCGCCAUCUCACAAACAACAUGAUGUCUCCAUGGUAACACUCUCUAUGACGCCUUCGGCCAACGCGUGUCCCGUACACCCGAGGCUGCGGGUUCCAGCCCCCGACCGGUGCAGGCAAAAAAAAUCGCUUACUGCCCCUUUAAGGUGGGACCCUAACCCCUAAACCUAAACUGUUGGUUUGGUUUUUAGGAAAAUAUUUAAAAGGCACUUUUUUAAAAAUCCUCAUAUCAAGACAUAGAAUUAACGGUUCACCUCAACUUUUUUUUUUAAAUACUUUUGGCAAUUUAACACUAAUGAGAAUAAGAGUUAGAUAUCGGUUUUGAAUAUAUUUAUAUAUAUAUAUAUAUAUAUAUAUCAUGGAGACGCAGAUCUGCAGCCUGCAACGCUUUGUUCAGCUACUACGUUUAAGUUCCUUUCUUCUAAGACUGGUGGCAUUACAGGGUAUCUCCACACGUGUCCCCAUAGGAAUAUAUAGAAACAUACGUAUAUAUGCACUGUACAUACAGUAUACCGGUGUAUGCAAACAGAGUUUGUAAGUGUCGUAGUCUGAUGAAUUUGUAUAUUUGCUGACAUGACAUGCGUUUGUCCACAGCUUACGUACACAUUGGAUUGUGUAUAAUACACCGUAACAAUUGUGUAUAGUUGAUUUUGUUCCAAUCUCUUGUACAUGACGAUGAAGAUGAUGAUGAUGCUGUCGUAUUUCCAAUGAUGGUGCAAUAUUUUAUCCCUCGUUUUGAUACUGUCUCCGCAGCUUUCUGACCUGAUGUUUCUCAGUGGGGGGGUUAUACAGUAUAUGUACAAGUUUAGACCCCAGUGGACAGAAACAUCUUUUCUUACGGAACUCCACGUUUUCUCUUCCAGCGGUUCGCUCAGUUUGUAGUUUUGCUCCUCCGUGCUUCCAAGACGAUGAUGGUGGGACCGUGUCGGUGAAUGAGUCGAGUGGGCAGACGUGACUGUUGUGUUGAAUAUGUAUCGCAGUGCGUUAGGGUGUGUGUGUGUGUGUGUGUGUGUGUGUGUGUGUACUACAACAGUGGCAUAUUUGACCUUGUCCGAAAAUCGUGUACUUUCCAUUGCCAACAAUUUUUCUUACCACGUCAUUUCAACUCUGUUCAUUUACUUCGCCCUCAGUUGGAGAAUCAUUUCUUACUCGUGCUGUUGGUUGUUUUCACCCCGUCAAAGAAUCUGAAAUAAUAACAGAAUGUGAGUGUGUGUGUGUGUGAGUGUACUGCUCCUCAUGUACCACCAGAGGGCAGUCUAUCAAGUCUCACAUCCCUGAGUCACAUUGUCAGGCAGCCUGAUGUUACAGUAGCUUCUCAUGACAAUCAGUGGAGUUAAUACCUUGAUAUUCACUAUAGUUCUGCACGUUGUCGUGAAGGAAUCAUUCAGAUCUAAGUUUUUAAAAAAAAGAUAUGUUCAUGUCUGCACUAUUGUUCAUCCUGCGACUCAUCGCCAAAGAUACGGUUGCCGGUAGCAACUAUGAGGCACUAAUUUAAGAAAAGCAACCAUCAGAGACUUUCCCACUCCCCCAGACAGAAGCGGAACUCUGCCUUUAGUUCGAUUCAGUCAGCAGAUGUAGAUUCACCUCUGGCGGCGUGGUGACUGACAGUCGGCCCUCAGCGAGCGUCAGAACUCUGGAUGCAGGUUGUUUCCCUGAGUUGAAGCCGUCCUGUCGGUGUGAGCGGUGCUGCCGUGUUGCUGCACGUCGCCUCCAUCGUCUCCAGACUGAAUUCCCAAGGGUUUCCUCGAGCUGCGUCUCGUCCUCGACCUUUCCCACACAAGCGUUUCUCCCUUUCUUCGCUGUGUUUUCCGGCUGUCGUGUAAAUAAAUGCUGCAAAACUGCCUGUCCCCCCCCCCCCCCCCGCCCCCCACACAAAAAGUCAAACCAAACCAAACCCGUUGGAGGUUUCUCUAAAGAAAACGACCAGGAAAACUCCCUCACAGUCUCUGACCUGGGUCCUGACGUAACGGGAGAGAAGUGAAUUUCAUUGGUUUACAUUAUGUUUACAAUGGCACAGUUUUCAUUUCUAAGAAUCUCUCUCUCUCUCUAUAUAUAUAUAUAAAUAUAUAUAUAUAUGUAGGUAUAAACCAUAUUUGCAUAUUUAUUGCCUAAGGUUAACUGAUAUGACGUGUAUUGUGGUUUUCACAUUUGGAAUAUAAUGUUACAGUUGUCACCUGUAUUACUAUCUGGAUGAUUUUUUGGUAAAGUACAGUAGUUGAUCAUUUUUAAUGACUACUAAGUGACUGUUUUCUGUGCCUUUUUAUGGUUAGAACGCAUGGUUAACUAUUUAUUACGAUUUGGAGUCGCCGAGAUGUGUAUUUUUGUAUUUCCGAAUAAAAAUAAAUGGUUCCGCUUUUGUUGUACAUUUUUUUGAGGGGGUGCCUUAAAAAAAAGAAAAGAAACAGGCCGCCUAUUCAUAUCUCUCUUCUUCAAUAAAAACCAAAUACAUAUGCAA